ACAUUUUUAAGUGAAAAAGAAUAUGUUCUCUAGCUUUUUGUUUAUAAAAUAAAAUUUUAAACAUGUUUUUAUCUAAAAAUAUUAGUAUCUUUAUAAAAAAAUAUCAUAAAAAUACAUUCAAAAAAUGUAUACGAUUUAUUUCUGGCAAUGUGGAAGAAUGGAAACCUACAAUUGGUUUGGAAAUACAUGCACAAAUUUCAACAAAAUCAAAGUUGUUUUCUGGAGCUCCUACAAAUUUCAAUAAUCCAAUUAAUUCUUGUGUGUCACUUUUUGAUUGCGCAAUACCAGGAACAAUGCCAGUGUUAAAUAAAAAAUGCGUAGAAGCUGGGGUAUUAACUGCUUUAGCGCUUUCUUGUGAAGUAAAUGCUGUCUCAAUGUUUGAGAGAAAACAUUAUUUUUAUUCUGAUUUACCUGCUGGCUUUCAAAUUACACAACAAAAGAAGCCUUUAGCCAUUAAUGGAAAAAUUAAGUUUAAUGUAUUUAAAACUGGAGUGCAUAAACAACCUUACUCAAAAUCAUCAAAAAUUAAACAAAUACAGCUGGAACAAGAUAGUGGAAAGAGUCUUCAUAAUGAAGGAGUUGGAAGGAGUUUAAUUGAUCUUAAUCGAGCUGGAAUACCUUUGAUGGAAUUAGUGUUUGAGCCUGAUUUAACAAGUGGAGAAGAAGCAGCAGCUCUUGUGAAGGAACUAUGUUUCAUUUUACAAUUAUUAGGCACAUGUUCAUGUAAAAUGGAAGAAGGAGCUUUACGAGUUGAUGCAAACGUUUCCAUAAGUAAACCUAAUGCACCUUUAGGCAUUCGAACAGAAUUAAAAAACAUUUCAAGUUUAAGUGCUAUCAAUCAUGCUAUAGAAUAUGAAAUAAAGAGACAGAUUUCAAUUCUACAGAAAGGAGGAGAAAUUAUUAAUGAAACACGCGCAUGGGAUCCACUAAGUAAAAAAACAGUUCUUAUGCGUGAGAAAGAAGAAAAACAUGAUUAUCGUUUUAUGCCUGAACCAAAUUUGCCUCCCUUACAUUUAUAUGUUAAUAGAAAUGUACAAAAUACAUAUGAUCUAAUUGAUAUUCCAGCUUUGAAAGAGCAAUUACCAGAGUUACCAGAACAAAUACGUCAAAAUUUACUCAAAAGUCUUACACCUGACACACUUGCAGCAAUAACAAGUGAUUUAGAAUGGUAUCUACUGUUUUGCGACAUCUUAAAGAACGGUAACCAUCGCGAACCCCAGUUAGUGGCUAAAAUUUUUAUAUCUGAAAUUUUGUCGUUGUUAAAUAAAUAUAAUUUGGAUUUUACAUUUUGUAUUAAUAAUCAGGAAUAUAUUGAAGAAUUGAUAGACUUAAUACAAGCUAAAAUAAUAAAUCAACCAACAUUUAAGAAAUUAUUAAAUGAAUUACUCAACAAGCCAAAUAAAAUGCCAAAACAGAUUGUUGAAGAAAAUAAUUGGUUUAUAAUAUCCAAUGAAAAGGAAUUGGAGAUGAUAUGUUUAGAAAUACUUAAAACAAAUCCCAAUUUGGUAAAACAGUACAAAGCAGGACGUAAAAAAGUAUUUAAAAAAUUUCUACACAAAACAUUUUUACUUACUGAACAGCGUGCAGAUAUGGCCAAAACAUCAAAAAUUAUGACAAGAUUAUUGAGUUAAUUUCAAAAUGUUUCUGUAAUAUAACAUUUUAAUAAUAACUGUAUAAAUAAUUAAA